ACCAAACGAGAAUAACCAACCUCGGCCUUUUCACUGAGAUUAUGCUCCGAAAUUUCAUGCAUGGAUUCCACUCAUACACAGACUUAAACUAAACUAAGCCUCUCUCUUUCCACAUAACCUUCUUCUUCUUCUUCUUCAAAUACUUCAGUAUAGUUUUAAUGGAUUCUCAUGAUCAUUUGAUCCAUGGAAGCCAAACAGACCAAACACAACAUCCAUUUCUCAAAAGAUUUACCAACUCAGUUCGCUACAUGCUUGGCUCUCAGCGACUCAUUUUUCUCUUCGUUGGAAUUUCCAUCGCAGCUCUCUUUUUCAACAGAUUUCCUGUGUCACCUUCACCACCGUUCCAUCACCAUCAGAUAAUCGACUCGGGUUUUCAAUCCCACUCGACUCACUUGGCUCGCCGCCGGGUCCUCUACGAGACUCACCAGGAGGAAAAGUCGUCGUUUGGCCGCACAAAUGCGGGUGGAAAAGUGCCUUUAGGCCUGAAAAGAAAAGCCUUGAGGAUUCUAGUCACCGGUGGAGCUGGAUUCGUGGGCAGCCACCUUGUGGACCGUCUGAUGGAGAGAGGCGAUAACGUGAUAGUGGUUGAUAAUUUCUUCACGGGGAGAAAAGAUAAUCUGGUGCAUCAUUUCGGUAACCACCGGUUUGAGUUGAUCAGACACGACGUCGUCGAGCCGAUUCUUCUUGAAGUUGAUCAGAUCUACCACCUAGCCUGCCCCGCCUCGCCCGUUCAUUACAAAUUCAAUCCCGUCAAGACUAUUAAGACGAAUGUGGUUGGGACACUGAACAUGUUAGGUCUGGCGAAGAGAGUAGGUGCACGGUUCCUGUUAACCAGCACAAGUGAGGUGUACGGCGAUCCUCUGCAGCACCCACAAGCCGAAACCUACUGGGGCAACGUCAACCCCAUCGGUGUGAGGAGCUGCUAUGACGAGGGAAAGCGCACAGCCGAGACCUUGUCCAUGGACUAUCACAGAGGACUUGGAAUUGAGGUGAGGAUUGCUAGGAUUUUUAACACUUAUGGACCACGUAUGUGUAUUGAUGAUGGUCGUGUGGUUAGCAAUUUCGUUGCCCAGGCAUUGAGGAAGCAGCCAUUGACUGUGUAUGGGGACGGCAAGCAAACCAGGAGCUUCCAAUACGUUUCAGACUUGGUAGAGGGUCUACUUCGUCUUAUGGAAGGUGAACAUGUCGGUCCUUUCAAUCUCGGUAACCCUGGUGAAUUUACCAUGCUUGAACUCGCACAGGUGGUCCAAGAAGUGAUAGAUCCAAAUGCUAAAAUAGAGUUUAGGCCUAACACAGAGGAUGACCCACACAAGAGAAAGCCAGACAUUACCAAAGCAAAAAAGUUUCUAGGGUGGGAGCCCACCGUCUCCCUCCGGAACGGCCUGCCUCUCAUGGUUUCUGACUUCAAACACCGCAUCUUUGGCAACCAAAAGGAAGGUGGCGCCACCGUUUAACUUAAGCCAAUAAUUUUUUUUGUUGUUGUUGUUGUGAUUUGCAGAGGCCCAGAGGCCUAAUUUGCAGUUUGAUGUCUCGGAAUUCUCCUUAUCUUUAGAAUUCCAGUUAUUUCAGAUAACAGAUGUAUCCAUGUACUGGAUAUAAUGCCAUUUUCAUCAUUUUCUAUGAAGGAAUUUUUGUUAUCUCA